AUGUCACGCUUACUUUACUCUAGAAGAAGAGGACAUGACUCUGAAGGCGAGUAUGCUUCGGAGGGAGAAGGCUCUGCUGUCUCCUACAACAGUUCUGAUAGUGAACAUUCGGAUGUUUCUUCUUCCUACUGCUCAGAAAGCGAAGAAAGUGAUUUAGAUGAAGCAGAGACUGAAGGUUCAGGCGAGGAAUCCGAAGAAGAAGAACAGCCUGAGCAAGAAGAACCUCUUAUAAAACUACAGCAACCUGCUACAGUAGUCAAAGAACAAAAAGCUGAACAUAAAGAAAUCAUUGAUUAUCAACAAGUCAAUGAUACACCUCAAGCCACACAUGAUUAUCAGCAUCAAGAAACAGCAGCUUAUCAGGAUCAGCCUGAAGACAGCGGAAAACGCUUUCAAGAACACCGUGAAUAUCGUCGAAAGCUAGCAGAAGAUCCUAGUUUUGUGCCGUAUGUUGGGCUGUUUUGGGGUCACGAUGAUCGAUACAGAGAAGAUUUAUUGACUGAGGCACGCCCUGAUGGCAGUCAACCUCGUUUUAGCAGUAACAAUAACCAUAAUGCUGGUGCUCAAGAUUAUAAUCGUCAACUAGACCCUCUCAUGUACAAGAAAUGGGAUCAUAGUGGAUAUGAAGAAUUACUGAGAAUGGACGAGGAAGAUGAAAGAAGAAAGCGUACAUUAAUUGAAGAAGGCAAGGUAGAAGAAGCAAAUAAUUAUAGGCCCAACAGAGUACCCUACAACAAUUAUUCAAGAGGACCGAAAUAUGGCCGAGGAGGAUACCAUAACAACAAUAACAACAACAACAAUAACCGCCCACCAAGACAAAAUCAUCGUCAGCAUGGAGAAUGGCCAGAAUUAUCUAAAAAUGAUGAAACACAAAACAAGUGGAGUACAGAGCAGGAAAAGUCGGUUAUUACUGAUAACAGCCGAGAACAAAUAUCCACUGUAAAAAAAGAUAGCAACGACUGGAAAUCAACUAUAGUGGAUAGCAAUAAAAUCGACGAUUGGACAAAAGAACAUGCCUCCACAGAGAGCAAUAAGUGGGGAGAAUCAUCUGCUCCAGCACUAGAGAAGAAUGAUUGGAACUCAUCAGUUAAUGUGGCUUCAACUGACAGUUGGGAUACCCAAGCUAAAACAAGUGAUUGGUCGAAAACCAAUGAUAAUCAAAAGCAGGAAGUUACCAGCAAUGGCUGGAAUACAACUAAUAACAACAAUAACAGUAGCUGGGCAGACACGCCCAUCGAAACAACUCAUAAAGAGAAAUGGAACAGUAAAGAAAGAGGACAUUCAGAUAUACCAACAGAAGAAAAAGCGUCUGCUUCAUGGACAACCUAUACUGUGGAAGAAAUCCAAGUCCCAACAACACCUUCCAAAUGGACAAUGCGAAACAACAAUAACAGGACUGAUAGAAGAAACAGAUUCAACAAUGACAGUUCAAGUAGCUUUCGUCAUUCAAAGCCCAGAAGAGAUAAUCAAAAGCAAGACAAGCCUUGGAAAUCAAGAAAUCCAGAAAAAGAGACAACAGAUCAAGAAUGGAAUACGAAUAAAUGGAACACGAAUAAAUGGAACACUUCUUCAACCACGCCUGCUGAUACACAAGGUUGGGGUGAGCCUUCCUCAAAAUCAAACGACUGGAAUAAAUCUACUUCUUUUGAUGCUGAUACAUGGGGUGACACUGCUAUUGACUCAAAGGAAUCUACUUCCAAUGGCUGGGAUAAACCUGACGAUAUUAAUGGUAGUUCGGACAAACCUAAUGAUGUUACACCAACUGAAACUUCAGAAUGGAAUGAACCUACUACUUCGAAGCAUGAAACUGAUAGUUGGAAUGCUCCAGAUACGAAAUCGCCUGUACCAUCCACCAAGGUUGAGAUAGAGGUCGAAGGUUGGGGAGCACCUACUAUUCAUCGACCUAACGAAAAUGUAUGGUCUGAAGCUACCUGGGGAUCUUCCAACAAAUCUGUAUCAGAGUCAGAGCCUACACAGAGAAAUUCAUCUUCUUCCUGGACUGCCAAGCCUGAAAAUGUAGGCUGGGGCCAAGUGGAUACCACCAACCAAUCGAACGACAGCUCCAGUGGUUGGGGUCAAGAAUCAGAAAGCUGGAGUCGUCAAGAGAAAAGCCAUCAACAUCGACGAGGUCGUGGUUAUUUAUCUCAAAAAAUUGAAAAUGAGGCUACUACUACUAAUACUACUAAUACUACUAAUACUACUAUUUCUUUCCAUGCUGAACAAGAGCAAAAGGAAUCUGGCUGGGGAUCGCUCCAUAAUACGGGUAAUGAAGACUCUGAUGUAGAAAUCAUCCUUGAAGCAGAAGAAGAACCUGAAUGGCUCCAACAAGAACAAGUACUUGGUAUGAUAGCUCCUGGUGAUGCUGAUACUUCCUCUCAAUCACCCAGAGUUCUUUCUUCUUCCUCUGUUGAAAAUUCACCGAGAAGACACCACCACCACCACCACCAUCAAGCGAACCACAGUCCUCAUUUUGAUUCUCGCAAGCCUCGUCAAAAUAAGCCUCGUCGUCAACUUGAUGAGAACUGGAGAAGACGCAAAGAAGAUCAGCCACCAGUACAACAACAGCCCACUCCCAUGUAUUAUUCAACACCUCAACACAUGAACGGUGCCAACAUUGCUUAUGUGCCCAUGAUUCCCAAUGCCAAUUAUUUUCAUAUGGGUGGCAAUGUUCAACCUAGUACUGAAGGCGCAAACACCAAUAAAUUUUAUGGUCCUUUACCUCCAGGUUUUGAAGCAAAUGGUAUGGUUUACUAUGGUGUCGAUCCCAAUCUGUACCCUCCUCAACAGCCUUUCUACUAUUAUGUACCUAUGAAUGGUAAUGUAGGCAGUAGUUCGUUAGUGUACGAUAAAUCAACAUCUCCCAAUGAACCCCAAGCUGGCGAAGAUGAAGAUGAAGGUUGGGGACCUUCUCCUGAUAUCCAUGAGGGCGAAGAGCAAUGGAAUUCACACAACGAUAGAGGCCAUAAACACCAACCCCCAUCUAAUGCUGUUAAUUACAAUAACUCUUUAUACUAUUACUAUCCUCAACAACCUCAAAACCAUUUUUAAAUAAAUGUUGAUUCAUUUCAAGGGUAUAUUUGCCCUUUUAAAAAAAGUCAGGGUUUGGUCAUGUAAACACAAGAAGAGUAUAGCUACAUACAUGAAUAAAG